CUCUGUAUACAACCACGAGCUUCAUCGGGCCCUGCAGAGACCAGAUCUGCAACACCUGCAACACCUGGAACACCAGGAACACCUGGAACACCAGGAACACCUGCAACACCAGGAACACCUGCAACACCAGGAACACCAGGAACACCUGCAACACCAGGAACACCAGGAACACCUGCAACACCAGGAACACCUGCAUCACCUGCAACACCAGGAACACCUGCAUCACCUGCAACACCUGGAACACUAGGAACACCUGCAACACCUGGAACACUAGGAACACCUGCAACACUAGGAACACUAGGAACACCUGCAACACCAGGAACACUAGGAACACCUGCAACACUAGGAACACCAGGAACACCAGGAACACCUGCAACACCUGCAACACCUGCAACACCAGGAACACCAGGAACACCUGCAACACCAGGAACACCAGGAACACCUGCAACACCAGGAACACCUGCAUCACCUGCAACACCUGGAACACUAGGAACACCUGCAACACUAGGAACACUAGGAACACCUGCAACACCAGGAACACUAGGAACACCUGCAACACUAGGAACACCAGGAACACCUGCAACACCUGCAACACCUGCAACACCAGGAACACCAGGAACACCUGCAACACCUGCAACCAAACUGUGAUGUUUAGAGGACUGGGUCAGAGCGUUGCUGCA